AACCAUCUGCUGUUUUACCUAAAUCCGGAGAUUUGGCCAAGCCGCGCAAAUACUGUCAUUCUCUCAGAGUGCCCUCACGAGGUGUUAUCCUUCAUCAGCUCUGCUGAAUAGACCAGUAAACACCGAUCUGCUUUCUAAAACCGCUGGGGUUUGGAUGUUCACUCGUACUCGUAAACGGGCAGGUGGGAGUUGGAAGUUAGAGGAGCGAGUGCAGAGGAGCGUCAGUGCGGAGAACAGCCAACCUAAAUUAAGGCUACAAUUAUCCUACUAGACCCUGGAGGGAUGUGUCGUAGACAGAAGGAAUUAAUGAAGGAGCAAAGCGAUUAAAAACAUUCGGGUCUUGUCUCAAGACAUGCUCGUCGUCUUUCUGAUCACGAUGAUAGAGGACAUUGUGCAGAAGUGAGGAACCGCGAACCGAGAUGGACAAAGACUUGGAGAGCAAUGACAUCGCCAUGCAGAUAUCCUGAGGGAAGCUGGCUUUUGGAAGUGUGACGUCUAAAUGUGACUAAAUGCAUCUUCAACAAACACUGAGCUCAACUUAGACACCAACCUGAAAACAUCUGGUUAUGAGAACUGGCACCACAAAAGUCCCUUGGAAGGUGGUAAGAUGUUCAUGGAUCUGUGUGGCCAGCGGGGCGCAUGGACAGUCCUGCUGUUGUGGUGCAUAAACCUAUCGGCUGCUGACCUCACCUGCCCGCAGAAAUGCACUUGUUACCUUGACACUUUGGAGGUAAAUUGCUCCUCAAAGCACCUGACGGGUAUACCCGAGGGGUUACCAAGCAAUGGCAAACGCUUAGAUCUUUCCAAAAACCAGCUGAAAACGCUGGCCAGGCGUCAGUUCUCCAGCCUGUCAAAGCUAGAGGAGCUAGACUUAAGUGAGAACAUAAUCUCUAUGAUUGAAGUGGAAACAUUUCAGGGGCUAAAGAACCUGCGAUACUUGAGGAUUAAGAACAACCGUCUCAAGAUCCUCCCGGUUGGGGUGUUCUCCGGCCUCUCCAACCUUCGACGUCUGGAUAUCAGUGAGAAUGAGAUCCUGGUUUUUCUGGAUUACACAUUUAAGGACAUGAUUAAUUUACAGCAGCUUGAUGCGGGAGAAAACGACCUGGUGUUUAUCUCGCAACGGGCGUUCGUUGGGCUUCAGGCACUGAAGGAAUUAAACGUGGACCGCAGCAACUUAACCUCUAUCCCCACCGAGGCUCUGUCGCAACUUCAGAGCUUGACCAAGCUGCGCCUGCGCAAGCUUACCAUAAGCGUGCUGCCCAACAACGCCUUUCGCCGACUGCACCAGCUGCGCACCUUGCAGAUCCUCCACUGGCCUUCUCUCGAGACGCUAAAUAGCAACAGCUUGGUUGGCCUGAACCUUACCACCUUAAUUUUAAGCAACUGCAACCUCAGCGCCGUACCUUAUUCUGCUCUGCGUCAUCUCACCUACCUGCAGUACCUGGACUUGUCCUACAACCCCAUCACCUCCAUACAGGGCAACCUUCUUGGGGAGCUUCUGCGGCUCCAAGAGUUGCACCUGGUAGGUGGAAGCCUGUUUCGUAUUGAGCCAGGUGCCUUCAGGGGUCUGGUCCAGUUUCGUCUCCUCAAUGUGUCCUCGAAUCGUCUUUCCACGUUGGAAGAAAGUGUCUUCCACUCUGUAGGAAACCUGCAGACACUGAGGCUAGACAGAAACCCGUUGGCUUGCGACUGCAGGUUACUCUGGGUCAUGCGGCGGCGGCGGCGGCUGGAUUUCGAUGGCCGCCAACCCACCUGUUCGCCUCUGAAUCAGCACAAGAAGGCAUUUCGUGACUUUUCAGAAGCUGAUCUUCCGGUUAUAUUUACUUGCAGACAAGCGCAGAUUGUGAACCGGCAACAGCAGGAUGCGAGUGUGGUGGAGGGAAUGAGCGUACGGUUUGACUGCAAAGCAGACGGCUAUCCGUCGCCUUCUAUUACUUGGCUAUCAGCCCAGCAGACCACACUUAACUCUGUUGGGAGAGUACGAGUGCUUGCUAAUGGGAGCUUGGAGGUGCGUUACACCCAAGUACAGGACAGUGGAACAUAUCAAUGUACUGCAGCUAAUGCAGCAGGUAACGACAGCAUCUCUGUGAGUCUGCAAGUGGAGGGGCUUCCACAAAACCGCACAGUGUCAUAUUUCUCAGACGAAGGAUGGAUGGAAACUUCAUUACCUCCUUCUACCAAUUCCUCUGCACGGGUGUCAAGUCCUUACCCGUUCGAUGCGAAAACCCUCAUCAUUGCUACCACCAUGGGAUUUCUGUCUUUCCUCAGCUCUGUGGCAAUCUGUUUUGUGUUCAUGUUCUUCUGGAGUCAGAGCAAAGGUCAGAUAAAACAUACUGCCACUAUAGACUUUGUGCCACGAUCAUCCAUGGGUGGAGGUGGAGAUGGCGGGGACACUGGGAGAUUCACAAUGAAGCUUAUUUGAGCUAGAAAAUUCAUGGUUAUGGUUACAAUUAGUUGAGCCUUUAAAAUUGUAGGAACUCUCAAAGCGGAGCAACUGCUCAUUCAUAAUGCAGCUUGCCAACACAGCAAGGUACACAGCCUUACUAUAACACAAUGUAAAUAGGUAGAGUAACUUGACUUUAAUAAAUAAUAAUAAUCUCAUUCAUAUUUUGCAACCCUGACUGACAUUAUUUGUAAGUAGGUGUAGUAAAUGAACUCUUUAUUAUAAUAACAUUUUAGCAGAGCAGUAAGGUAGGCAUUAUAUCAAAAGUUUGUAAUAUUGCUCAGCAAUGCCAAAGUCUGAAGACAAACAAACAACUUUUAUUGUCUGAUAGUAGUAGUUCAUAUUUUAAAAAAUAUUAAUAAUAAUAAAUACAUGUAAAAAGAAAUUGAAUAAUAUUUAUUUACUAUUAACUAGUAUUAAUAGUCAUUUCUAUUUUAAAAAAGUAUAAAAAUUGCAAUGCAUAAAAUAUGAAUAAUUUUUUAGACUCAUCAAGGCUGCAUAAAAAACAGUAAUAUUUUGAAAUAAUAUUGCAAUUUAAAAUAACGGUUUUCCAUUUUAACAUAUUUUAAAAUGUAAUUUAUUCCUUUGAUGUAAAGCUGAAUUUUCAGCAUUAUUACUUGAGUCUUCAGUGUCACAUGAUCUUUCACAAAUCAUUUUAACAUGUUGAUUUAUUGUCAAUGUUGAAAACUGUUGUGCUGAUUAAUAUAUUAAUGAUUAUAUAUUUUACUUUGACACUUAUUUCAGUAUUUUUAAGAAAUAAACAUUAAAAAGAACAGUAUUUAUUCCAAAUAGAAAUGUUUUGUAACAAUAUACAAUACCGUUUAAAAUUUUGGGGUCAGUACUUUUUUUUUCCUUUUUUGAAAUCAUUUUUAUUAAAAGUGAUAAUGAAGACUUACAUUGUUACAUUGUUAUUCUAUUUUGAUUAAAUGUUGUUCUUUUUGAUAUUUUAUUCAUCAAAGAAUCCUGAAAAAGGUAUCAUAGUUUCCAAAAACAUACUAAGCAGCACAACAAGUUUCCAACAUUGAUAAUAAAGUACUAAAGUAAUGAAAGCAGAAAAAUCAGCUUUGCAUCACAGGACUAAAUUAUAUCUUAAAGUAUAUUAAAAUAGAAAGCAGAUAUUUAAAAUUGUAAUAAUAUUUCACAAUAUUACUGAUUUUUUGAUCAAAUAAACACAGCCUUGGUUAGUAUAAGUGUAUAAAGAAAUGAUUAUAAUAUUCCACUAUUAAAUAAUGAAAUAACUGUUGGACAUUAUUGUGGUGUGCCCUUGAUUUGGUGUGUUAUUGCUUGAUUUUUUUAGGCUCACAGCUCUUAGUAUAAUGAAUAAAAUCAAUUCCUUUUUGAGGGCUCUGGUACAGUUAGCCUUUAGAGAUAUUCAUUUCACUGCCAAAUCAAACCAGAGCGGGCCAUGCGAUGAUGCAUUUGACAACACUUACAAUACAGUUUUAGAUAUUGUAACUUUUUGUCGCACAAACGUAUAACCCAUAGAACUAUGUAUGUUGCUAUAUAAGUCUUAACAGCCUAUAAACAUCUAUUGUAGUUUGUAGCAAUAAAGACAUUAUUAAACAUUUUAAAAAACUAAUAUGUUUUUAAAAAGUGAGGGAUUUUUAAAUGUAUAAGUUAACGAUUGAUAUGCAUUACUGUAUUACAUACUGUGUGUGAUAUUGUACAUUAUAGGUUGCAGUAAGAUUACAAACUUUUUUGUCUUUCUUUUUUUAACAACAUCAAGCGAUACAGCUAUGCACACGUCAUGACCACACAUGGUUAUUUACCUAAGACGCUUUGCAAUUUAUGUAAUGUACAUAAGUUAUAUUUCCACAUUUUGAUGUUUUUGCUAAUGCAUUUGUAAGUUAUAUUUUGCAUUGGAUUAUUAAAGACUAUGCAAGUCUGCUUGUUCAGAAAA